AUGCAAAGAGCCUGGACAUAUGGAGUGAACAAUGGGACAUGUUCUGGUGGUCCAUAUUUGGCAAAAGACUGUUGCAAACCAUAUGUUUUCCACCCCUGCGGCCAACACAAAGGUCAACCCUAUUACGGCGAAUGUGAAAAGCCGAAUGAGAAUACUCCGAAAUGCCGGGCGCGAUGCCAACUUGAUUACAAGAAAGCUUAUGCAAAGGACAGAAUUAAAGGUAAAAAAGCUGGUUUGAAAUCUUACAAUCAAUUUCUGCUCCGUGAUGAAUAG